ACAUUCAGGCACGUGUGUCCGUGCGUGUAAACUACAUUCGGCAAAGGAAUGACUGCAGAGACAAGAUGAUAAGCAAAACACUCGUUCAGAUCUGACAUUUAGCGGACUUUUUCCGGGAAUUUUAAGCGGAGAAUAAUCAUCUGAGCUCUUGUUAUAUUGAAGUAAAUAAGGUGUCCUUUUAGCUCCCAGAGCAGCGCGUCUCUGAAGAGAAGACCGGUGGUUUCCUUCCCUGUUUCGUGUUGCAAACCAGCAGCUGGUUCUUCACACUGCCUCUCCGUCUCUCUCCUCCCAUCUGUCCCAGCGCUUGUGCCAAAGGCUGUUGCAUAACAGCACAUUCAUCUGCUCUCUGCGUGACUUGUGAGCAACGAGUCCUCUCAAGACCAGACCCGAGUGGCAUUUUUCAAAACCUUUUUUUGUUUUUCCCCGCAAAAAAAACAAAACAUUUCUUUUUUUCUUUAUAAGCAAUUAACAGCUAUGUUGCACUUGUGCUUAAACAGUAGUCCCACUUAACUCCCCCAGUUGCCCCAGUUGAGCUGCGUGGCCUCAUUCUAGAUUAGUAUGAGUUAUGACAGCUCCACAUCAACGCCCAGCAGCACACAGGUGGACCAGGAAGCUGAGUCGCGGCGGUUAAAUGAGCAGAAGUCCAGCUGUGACCAGUGUGAUGUCACAGCUGCAGCUGCAGGGGGAUCGUCCCCAGGGGAGGGGUCCGGAUCAGGCAGCCCGUCCGGAGACCAAAGGGGGCUGAACUCGGACGACACGGAUGGACUGUCCAGCGGGAACGACUCUGGAGAGAGGGACAGCGAGGGCCAGAUGGCGAGGGAGAACAGCAGCUCCCGCAGCCACAGCUCCUCUAACGGGAAGGACUCGGGGGUGAUGCUGGAGACCACAGACAACAGCAAGAGCCCCAACUUCCAGAGUCUGUCCCCCCCCAACGGCUCUCUGGCCUACAGCCUGCUGUCCAACAGCUCGGAGCACGAGCCCCGCUCCACCUCCGGCUGCAGCAGCGACCAGUCGGCCAGGCUCCAGACGCAGAAGGAGCUCAUGAAGGCCAUCAAGGAGCUGAAGGUCCGCCUGCCAGCCGAGCGCAAAGCCAAGGGUCACUCCAGCACGCUGAGCGCUCUCAAAUACGCUCUCCAGUGUGUCCGACAGGUCCGAGCCAACAGGGAGUACUAUCACCAGUGGAGCGUGGAGGAGUGCCACGGCUGCAGCCUGGACUUGUCCGCCUUCACCAUCGAGGAGCUGGACAACAUUACUUCAGAGUACACUCUCAAAAACACGGACACGUUCUCCAUGGCCGUGUCGUUCCUGUCGGGGAAAGUGGUGUACGUGUCCCCCCAGGGCUCGUCCCUGCUGCGCUGCAAGCCCGAGUGUCUCCAGGGAGCCGUGUUUUCAGAGCUCCUGGCCCCGCAGGACGUCAGCACCUUCUACAGCGGCACAGCGCCGUGCCGCCUGCCGUCCUGGGCCUCCUGCAUCGGCUCAGCUUCUCCUCCUGUAGACUGCACUCAGGAGAAGUCCAUGUUCUGUCGGAUCCGUGCCGACCGGGCCCAGGGGGGCGAGAUGAGGUACUUCCCCUUUCGGCUGACGCCCUACCGGCUCACCCUGAGGGACUCGGACGCCGCCGAGCCACAGCCCUGCUGCCUGCUCAUCGCUGAGAGGGUCCACUCUGGAUACGAAGCUCCUCGCAUCCCCCCAGACAAGAGGAUCUUCACCACAAGUCACACGCCCAGCUGCCUCUUUCAAGAGGUGGACGAGAGGGCCGUGCCAUUGCUGGGCUACCUGCCCCAGGACCUGGUGGGAACCCCCAUCCUACUCUCCAUCCACCCGGAGGACAGGCCCAUGAUGGUGGCCAUCCAUGAGAAGAUCUUUCAGUUUGCAGGGCAGCCGUUCGAUUACUCGCCCCUCAGGAUGUGCGCUCGCAGCGGGGAGUACCUGACCAUUGACACCAGCUGGUCGUCCUUCGUCAACCCCUGGAGCAGAAAGGUGGCGUUUGUCGUGGGACGGCACAAAGUCAGAACGAGUCCUCUGAACGAGGACGUGUUCACCACCCCAAUGGGCUUCGAGAACAGGGUGACCACGCCCGACAUCGUCCAGCUGAGCGAGCGGAUCCACCGGCUCCUGGUGCAGCCGGUGCACAGCGGUGGCUCUCAGGGCUACAGCUCGCUGGGCUCCAGCGGCUCGCGGGGCUCCCGCCAGCAGCACCUCAGCGCCUCCGCCACGUCGUCCAGCGAUAGCAACAGCCCCGCCGUGGACGACGUCGCCGCCACGGUUGCGUCGCACAAACCCAUGACGUUCCAGCAGAUCUGCAAAGACGUUCACAUGGUGAAGACCAACGGGCAGCAGGUUUUCAUAGAGUCUCGGAAUCGCCCACCUCCUCGAAAGAACGCCUGCGCAGGUGCAGCCGGGAUCGGAGCCAUCGGCGACGACCCAAUCAGAGGUCUGAUAGCAGACAUGACUCAGCCUCCCAAAGCCUUGGUUCCUGCUCCGCUUGUGCAGAAGGAACCUUCCACAGGAUACUCCUACCAGCAGAUCAACUGUCUGGACAGCAUCAUCAGAUACUUGGAGGGCUGUAACAUUCCAAACACCAUCAAAAGGAAGUGUGGCUCCUCCUCCUGCACCGCCUCCUCCACCUCUGAUGACGACAGACAGCCUGAUGGCAGCGGCAACAGCAAAGGUGGUUCAGUUAACCUCGUAGGUGAACCACCUCCUCUGCCUCCUCUGACCAUGGCCUCGAAGGCAGAGAGCGUAGCCUCAGUUACGUCUCAGUGUAGCUUCAGCAGCACCAUCGUCCAUGUAGGAGACAAGAAGCCUCCAGAGUCAGACAUCGUCAUGGAGGAAGCUCCCACCACCCCCACCUUGGCCCCGCCCCCAGCCACGUCCCUGACACAUUCUCUAAAACUGCCUGCUACCCCCUCUCCUCUACCACCACCACCACCACCACCUCCUCCUCCCCCCCCUGAAACAAGUCAGCCAGACAGAGACAGCAGGAGAGGCGGUGGCGGAGGUAGUCAGCUGGGCCUGACUAAGGAGGUGUUGUCCGCCCACACUCAGCAGGAGGAGCAGGCGUUCCUCGACCGCUUCAAGGAUCUCAGCAAACUUCGUGUCUUCGAUCAGACCGUCCGCAGCCACACCACCCCAGCUGCUCUGUCCAGAGGAGUGCGCUGUUCCCGGGAUUACCCCGCGGCGGCAGCAGGUGGUGCAGGUCGCCGACGAGGUCGUGGUGGCAAGAGGCUGAAGCACCAGGAGUCGUCAGACCAGCACAGCUCUCUGGGCCUGAGCGUGAACCGUCAGGACCUCCAGUCCAACAUGGCCCCCAUGCCCUUUACGGCACCCCUCGGAGCUCCCACUAACUCCUCCUCCUGGCCUUCGGUGGGCUCCCAGGCCAGCAUUCCCUCCGCCCCGUUCGCUCCUGGCAUGCUUCCAUUCUACCCAGUCUACCCGCCACUGGCGCAGCCCUUACCCGUCCAUGACCCAUCUCGUUUCCCCCCCGCCCAGAUGGUGCCCCCCAUGAUGGCCCUGGUUCUGCCCAACUACUUGUUCCCCCAGAUGGGAGCUGCCAUUCCUCAGCCGGGACAGUUCUACAACCCAAACUACGCCUACCCCAGUGUCCCCAUUGCUCCCAUUCCCUCUGUCUCCAACCCUAUCCCCGUCCAAGUCCCGGGCACCUGCGCCAUGUCUCGAAGCAGCACCCCCCAGUCCUUUACCCAGACACCCGCGGAUCGAGACGGUGCAGAAUCCCCCCUCUUCCAAUCCCGCUGCUCCUCGCCUCUCAACCUGCUGCAGCUGGAGGAGUCACCUAGCAACCGCCUCGAGGUCUCCACUGCGCUGGCGACAUCACAACAAGCCCCGCCCACUGCGCAGGGUGGGGCAGCCGGGGGCCACAGUUCAGCCAAUCAGAGGAGCUCUGAUGGGACCUCCAAGGACACUGAGAAUGCUGAAGCUAUCGAGUCCAACCAGGAUGCCAUGUCCACAUCCAGCGACUUGCUGGACCUGCUUCUGCAGGAGGACUCCCGCUCAGGCACUGGCUCGGCCGCCUCUGGUUCAGGGUCCUCAGGCACCAGGUCCUCAGGCUCCGGCUCCGGCUCCAACGGCUGCAGCUCCUCUGGGACCUGUGGCACCAGCAGCAGCCAGGGCAGCCACACCAGCAAGUACUUUGGUAGCAUCGACUCCUCAGAGAACGACCACUCCCGAAAGCAGCCAGCAGGGGGCGGCAGCAGCAGCGGAGGAGAGGAGCAGUUCAUCAAGUGUGUCCUGCAGGACCCCAUCUGGCUCCUGAUGGCCAACACAGACGACAAGGUCAUGAUGACAUACCAGCUGCCUGUCAGGGACAUGGAGACAGUGCUGCAGGAAGACCGCGAGGCCCUGAGGAACCUGCAGAAGCACCAGCCUCGCUUCACAGACGGCCAGAAGAAGGAGCUGAGCCAAGUCCACCCCUGGAUCCGGACAGGUCGCCUGCCACGAGCCAUCAACAUCUCUGGCUGCAGCGGCUGCAAGUGUCCCCCCUCCGUGCCUCCUGCCACCCCGUUUGAUGUGGAGAUUCACGAAAUGGAGCUGUGCACGGUACUGAAGGCUCAGGAGAGUGGCGGCAAGGCUGAGAAACACCUCACAGAGACCGCCAUGGACGAUGCUCCGCUUGAGAAUGAGGACGAGGAGGAAGAGACGCUAAAGAAGGACACCAAAGUGCAGGACGACGGGUGAGAAAUGACAGCAGGGGGACAGAGAGUGAGCUCAGAGACGGUGGAAGAAACACCAGAGACUUAAUUUGAGAAAGAGAAACACUUUUUGAAGAAAAUGCACCUUCCAGAACUUUCUUAUCCAGUAAAGACGUUAGCAGACGAUCCCCCUGGCGGACAUUGAGGUGAAGAUGUAUCCAAAUGGACCAGGCGGGAUUCUAAAGCUGUCUGAACACAUCCGGCAUGUUGCGUAUAACAUGCCUGGAAAACCACACACUCGGUUUUAGAGUGAUUUAGCCAUUUCUUCCCUUUUUUGUUGUUCUUAGCCGUAUUUAUUUAAGUUGUAAAGUAAUCAGAGUACUAACGACCUCGGCGAGACGGGACAUUUAUCCGUAACUCUUCUUCACGUUGUAUGCUCCUCCCGUUUAACUCCCGUCAUUUUCGUUUUGUUUUUAUAAAAAGUUUUAAGAAAUAAAUAAAAAAGCUACUUUUACAUACAAUGUGCAGUAAGAGUCAAGUAAUUUUUCAAACCAUGUAUUUUUUUAUAAACACCCCCCCCCCCACCCCACCCCACCCCAGGACACACAAAUAUGUCCUAAGUGAUUAUCUACACUGUAAAAAAAAUAUUUUGUUUGUUUUUCUGCCACUAAUUAGAAAACAAUCAUUUCUGAAACAAGCUGUGAUUUUGACGCUACAGUCUUGUUGCUUUAGCUGAUGUACACUUUGUGUGGCACUUGGACCAUCAGCAGGUGGCCCGUCGGCACUUUUAACAUUUCUCUUGAUUCUCGGGUCAGUCAGCUAGUGGGAAGCUGUGGAGCUCUGUUCUUACUCUUGUAUUUAAGUGACUUUGAAGAGGUGGAUGCUUCUUUUGUGGCUUCUAUCUCCUCUUUUCUCUGUCACCUUCCUUCGUUUCCCUCUCUGUGGCACUGACCUGCACAUGUGAUGUCCCACGCUUCAUGGCGUCAAUGGCUUCUGCGACAGUUCAAUAUUUUUGUGAAGUUCUUUGUAUAAAAAAAUGACAAUAAAAAUUAUUUGAAAGGC